CUGUCUGUCAUUCCUCGCCUGUGUUCUUCCUCUUAAACACAGCUACACAGCUAGAAUACAGAAGUGUAUUAUGUAUUGCAUAUAAACACAAAUAAAAGAAAAACAAGGACACAAGGAAUUUUCUUAGGUUAUGUCUGUUUUUCCCCAACAUGUUUACAUUUCGGACCAUUUUCAUAUUUAUUAAUAACAAAUGAACUAUUUAAACCAACCAAAACAUCGAUUUUGAAUGAAAACUGUUAAAAUACUUGGAGACAAAAUGUGUUGACGAAGCGUCGUUGUUUACAACGAAGUAUUUGGUAAGAAAAACACUAACUCACCCUUAAUGUUCUGAUACUUUUGCUCAAGUGAAAACCACCCCCGAAAAUGACCAUCAUUGUAAAAUGUGCCCAUACCACACACCAUCGAGUGUUCUUAUGGUACACCACGUCAGACGACACCGCUUAUCAAUCAUACAUUUCAACUGCGAAAAUAGUGACAUCGAAAAAUAUUACUGCAAGGACUGUGGAUUCCAAACAGAAUUAUCAAUUUUUUUGAAACAACAUGUUCUGAAACAUAGUAGGGAAUACCAAGAAGACUUAUUAAAUAAAGAAUUUACCAUCAACAGCUAUGUUUGUGAUCAAUGCAGCUUUGAAACACAUUUCUCGAUAAAAUGGCUUCAGCAUAUUGCAGCAUGUUGGCGGAAUACAGAAAAUCCCAAAGUAACAACCGAAAAAAAUGUGAGAUGGUAUAACUGUGAUCAUUGUGAGUUCAAAACCAAGUACAGAUCUAGCUUAAAGCACCACAAAAAUGUAAAACACUUGAAUAUCAUAAAGAAUGUUUUCAUAUGGUAUGAUUGUGAUCAGUGUAAUUUUAAAUCAAAGUGUAAAUCUAACUUAAAGAGACACAAAAUUUUAAAACAUUUGAAAGAUGAUGAGGUAUGUUGGUACCAGUGUGAGAAGUGUCCAUAUAAAACUAAACUAAAACAAAGGUUAAAAACACACGUAUUAGCCCAACAUUUGAGUGAACAAGAUAUUAAAUGGAUUAAAUGUGAUUACUGUGAAUUUAAAGCCAAAUAUCGAACUACUUUAAUGCGACACAAAAUUUCAAAACACUUAAAUGACGAUGAAAUACAUUGGUAUGAGUGUCAGAGUUGUCCAUACAAAAGCAAGUUUUAUACUAAUUUACAAAUUCACAUUAUUUCGCGUCAUUUGGAUGAACAAAAUAUCAAGUGGUACAAAUGUGAAAACUGUACAUACAAAGCUAAAGAUAAAUCAACGUUUAACAGACAUAUAAAAACGCGUCAUUUGGAUGAAACAAACGUUAAGUGGUAUCAUUGCAAAAAGUGUACAUAUAAAGCUAAGGACAAAUCAAAUUUGAACAGACACAUCAAUACGCGACACCUAGAUGAAGGAGAUAUUAAAUGGUAUGAAUGCAAAAAGUGUCCAUACAAAGCUAAACAAAAGUCGCAUUUAAAUAGUCACGUAACUGCACAACACUUGAAUGAAGAGGAUAUUAGAUGGUAUAAGUGUGAAAAAUGUCUAUAUAAAGCUAAACAGAGAUGUACCUUGAAACGUCACGUAAUUACCCGGCAUUCAGAUUGAUCAAACUCAUAAUAAAAUUUGGAACAAAAAUAAGUGGAUUCAUGUUGUGAAAUACUUUCAGUAUAUGUAUAAAAAUCUCUUGGUGUUGAUAUCAGACUGAUAAUAAAAUUAAGCUGUAUUUAUAUGACAAACAUGUCCUUUGGGUGUUUUUAUUUUGAAUUUUUCAAAAUAAGCAUCCAGUGGGGCUAAUAAAAGUAUCAAACGACUAUGUUGUUUUUAGUGUAAACUGUUUCCAUAGGCAAGAAAAUAUGUAG